UUUUAUUUUCUUCAUGUCAAAGUAUCUCUUUCAAUCAUUCUACAUUGUUACAGUUUAUAUCGUAUUUAUAGCGAUUGUAUAGACAUUGGCGAAGCUGAUAUUAAAAAGAGACUUAUAAAACAGAAUAGAUCUUUGUAUAUAGAUGCUUUAUAUCGAAACAAUUCCUUACAUAUCAUCACUUUCUAUAAAAGUCUGUUUCUGUUUCAGACACCAUUUACAUUCAAGGGCGAGUCAUUUAUAUAUCCACAACUAAAUGUGACAUGUCCAUCUGAGCAGCCUUUCAUAAUGAAAACCGGUAAUCGGUCUAUUUGCGUUUCAUCAUGUGGACCUACAAGGGUGGCAGAUGGUAAAAUAUGUAUAAAAGUUGAAGAUUGUAAAAAGCCUGUGCUGUCUGAUGAAAAAUGCAUAGAAAUGUGUGAAGAAGGAUAUUUGUACGUCACGUUUGAUUAUGACCUCAUCAGUGACUGUGGUACUGAAUUAAAUGAAUGUUCAUAUUCAAAGAAAAAUAUCGGACAGAAAUUAUGUGAAAAGAAAACUUUUAUAAUUCUGAAGAUAGUCGGUUAUGUUAUGGUGAUCAUUCUAUAUAUUGUCUUUCUGUUGAUGUUCUUCUCGAACAGGGAGUUUCCAUGCAAUAAACUCACUUUGUGGUUUAAAGUCAGGAAUCACAUGACAAAAACAUCGUCAAGCGAGCUGCUGUGUAAUGAUGACGUCACAGAUGACGGAUUCUGUGAAAAUUAAGACAUCAUAGUCUAAACAUCAUUUCUGGUUCAUAACGGGGUUUUCAAUAUACAUUUAUAAUAAAUGAUUUUUAUCGAAGUUAGUGUCAUUGUCUUUAUAAAAGUAAUAAAUGACAAAUUACUUUAAAAAUAUAAAUCUUUUCGUAUGUAUAUAAUACAGUAAAUUGAAAAUACACUGGGUUUUAAAAUUUAAAUAUGAUGGAACAAGUAAAUGCCAUUUUACGCUCAACUACUAAGACCCGAAUUAGUAUCCUUAGUUACAUGUUAUCUGCUGAACUUGAGCGUUAUCCUUUUGAAAUUAAAAUUAUAUCCCGUAUAAUAAAACUUUAGAGUUAUC